AUGGCAGCAAGAACUGUUCGCUUGUUUCAUGACCGUGUUAAUGAUGCAGGAACUAUGUCGGCAAUGACUGAUUUUGCCGGACAGAGGAAAUCUAAGGUUGGAGGAAGAAAACCACUUGGUGAUCUAUCCAACUCAGUGAAACCCAUUGAUCCAGUAGAUGGAGGAACUACGUCUUCAAAGACUGAUUUUGCAGGACAGAAGAAAUCUAAAGUUGGAGGAAGAAAACCACUUGGUGAUCUAUCCAACUCAGUGAAACCUGUUGAUGUAGUAGAUGUAAAGAAAGUCCUCAAUGGUUCAUUUAACACUGUUAAACCCUCUUUAAGUCAGACGACAAAUCUGCCGAAGUCCAAGAACAAACCUGCCAUUCUGAAUAAGGAAGUUGUUUCUGCCAAGGAGAAGAACAUUGAAGUCGACAAAAAACCUGGAAUCAAAGCUUCUAAGAAAUCAAAUAUUGGUGGCAGGAAAGUACUUUCUGACAUUUCAAACUCAGAAAAGGCACACGUUCAUAAUGUGAUAAAUAAGAACAGCCUGAAUACAAGUUCUUUCACAGGGAAAGAUCUUCAUCCUGAUGAAAUUGCUGAAGAGCGAAUGUUCCACAAUCAUCAGAAAUGUAUAGAAUCACGGACUCAAAUAUUGAAUGUGCAUCAUUUUUUUGAGGAUGAUUCAGACGAUGACAUGAAAAUUUCCUUUGAACCGCUUGUAUUUCGUAACAAGUCUGAGAGCCCAUUAUUCAAAUUGGAGGAGGUGCCUGAAGAGUUUAUUCCUGAUACGCCGCCUCGAUCUGCUUGGCAUGGUUCCCCAGUAUACUGCAAGAGUCCAGAGUUUUCAAGCUGUACAAUGUGGGAUGACUUGGCUGUGGAUUUCAAGCUGCUGAUGGAUUCACCCAAGCGGACCCAAAUUGUAUAA